UUCAAUUAGAUUGGUAACUAAUAAAAUGGAAUGGUACUAACAAAUCAAAAUUCAAUGCAAAAAACGUAAAUUAUUCUAAUAUAUUUCUAUUGACUUUGUCUUUACCCAAAAUAACAACUCCAUUACUUCAUUGUUAUUAGGUAGAAGAAAAAUAUAUCGUGAAGGGAAUGAUAACUAGCACACCAAGUAAGAACGAGCAAGAAUAGAAAAUCACAAGUAGAAGAAGAAGAUAGCAGCGGCAAUGGGAUUCGAAAAGCAGAAUCUGGAUAUUGUGUUAGUCCCAAGCGGAUUACUAGUCAUGUUUGGCUACCAUCUUUAUCUUCUCUAUAGAUGCCUAUAUCGUCCUCACACCACAGUCAUUGGUUUCGAAAACAACGACCGAAAAGCUUGGGUGGAACGAAUCAUGAAGAUCGACAAAAAGGAUGUGGGAACAGCUCUUGCAGUGAUUCAGUCAAACACCACGGCUGCAACAUUCUUAUGCUCCGUUUCCUUGACUAUGAGCUCUUUAAUUGGAGCAUGGCUCGGUAGCUCAUCGGAGAGAAUCUUCAGGAGCGAAUUGAUAUAUGGAGACACAAGGCCUUCAACCAUGUCAAUCAAAUACAUAUGCCUUUUGACUUGUUUUCUUCUAGCUUUUGCUUCCUUCGUUCAGUCAGCUCGGCAUUUUGUUCAUGCCAAUUUUUUGAUUAGUACACCAGAGACUGACAUCCCAUUUGAGUAUGUGGAGAUUGCUGUGAUUAGAGGAAGCAAUUUCUGGUCUUUGGGUCUAAGAUCUCUCUAUUUUGCUCUUAAUAUGUUGCUUUGGUUCUUUGGUCCGAUUCCUAUGUUUGUUUCUUCUCUACUUAUGGUCAUACUUUUGCAUGUAUUGGAUACAAACUCGAGGCCAUUGCAUAAGCAUAAGGAGCUUCAAAGGGCUCGUGAGAGAAGGUCAGAAGUCGCUCGUACAGAUCAAGUAGUUAAUGGUAGAAAACCAUUGGUUGAGGCCUGAAAUUGGUUUGCCAUUCUUCUGGAUUAAACGGACCAAGAGAACAUUCGGUUUACAUUUUGUAGACUUUACAGUGUUCCAAAUCGAUGACAUUUCUUUAAGACACUUUUCUUUUCACGUGUUAUUAUCAUUUUGAUCUAAUAUUUUGUCCAAAGUAACCGUGUUUGCAUGAUCAUGUGUAAAUUAUAUCCUUUAUUAUUAAUGCACUCAUUUUUUUCUAUAAAAAUAAAUAUAGUUUAGAGUGCUAUUAUAGAUAAAAAUCAUUGCUGCUUCACACAUGAUUUUGAUAUAUAAUAUAUUAUGAUUAUUAUUGCAUUUUUCA